GCCUUUGUACGCAAUCCCCAUUACCCACCUUCCCUUUUCAUACACACAUCAUCAGUUCUCAAAUCAAUUCCAUUUCCAAUUUGCUCUCUCCCCUCCUCCUCCUCCUCUCUCCCAAAACCUAGAAACACGAACGCAAUGGGUUCCCUCCGUGCCCUAGACGUCCCCUUGCACUACCCUACCGCCCGCCGAGACGAGUCCGUCGUCGACGACUAUAACGGCGUCAAGGUCGCCGAUCCUUACAGAUGGCUUGAAGAUCCUGACUCCGAAGAGACGAAAGAGUUCGUACAGAAACAAGUAGAAUUGACGCAGUCGGUUCUGAAGGAAUGCGAUACGAGAGGCCAGCUUGGGGAAAAGAUCACCCAGCUUUUCGAUCACCCGCGUUAUGAUCCACCUCUUAAGCGAGGGAACAAGUACUUCUACACCCACAACACUGGGCUUCAAGCCCAAAGUGUCCUCUACGUGCAGGAUAGUUUGGAUGGAAAAGCAGAGGUGUUGCUUGAUCCAAAUACGCUUAGCGAAGAUGGGACUGUUUCUUUGAACACUUAUUCAAUUAGUGAGGACGCCAAGUACUUGGCCUAUGCCCUUAGUUCAAGUGGCAGUGACUGGGCAACGAUUAAAGUGAUGCGGGUUGAGGAUAAGGCGGUCGAGCCUGAAACUAUAUCAUGGGUCAAGUUUUCGGGUAUUCGCUGGACACAUGAUCAUAAAGGGUUUUUCUACAGCCGCUAUCCAGCUCCAAAAGAAGGAGAAGGAGAAGAUAUUGAUGCUGGGACAGAGACCAACUCAAAUCUUUAUCACGAGUUAUACUAUCAUUUUGUGGGUACUGAUCAAUCAGAAGACAUAUUAUGCUGGAGGGAUUCUGAAAAUCCUAAAUACUUGUUUGACGCUGAUGUUACAUAUGAUGGGAAAUAUAUUCUUCUGUAUGUUGAGGAGGGUUGCGACCCAGUCAACAAAUUUUAUUACUGUGACAUGUCUGCACUUCCUAAUGGUCUUGAAGGUCUAAGGGGGAAAAACGAUUUACUGCCAGUUAUCAAGGUUAUUGAUAAAUUUGAUGCACAGUAUCAUGUCAUUGCAAAUGAUGAAACUGUGUUUACUCUUCUGACAAACAAGGAUGCUCCAAAAUAUAAGUUGGUCCGAGUUGAUCUGAAGGAACCAACUGUUUGGACUGACGUUGUCCCAGAAUCUGAAAAAGAUGUGCUUGAAUCAGCUUCUGCUGUAAAUGGUACCCAAAUGAUUGUUAGUUACUUGAGUGAUGUGAAGUAUGUUGUACAGAUAAGGGAUUUGAAAUCAGGUAACUUGCUGCAUCAAUUACCGAUUGACAUUGGAUCGGUUAAUGAGAUUUCGGCAAGACGUGAAGACAGUACAGUUUUUUUUGGGUUUACAAGUUUUCUUACCCCUGGUAUAAUUUAUCAGUGUAAUCUAGACAAUGAAAUUCCAGACUUGAAGGUACUUCGCGAAAUUACGGUUCCUGGGUUUGAACGCUCAGAGUUCCAUGUUGAUCAGGUAUUCGUUCUCAGUAAGGAUGGCACUAAGAUACCAACGUUUGUUGUGGCCAGAAAGAACAUUAGUUUGGAUGGAUCACAUCCAUGCUUGCUAUACGGAUAUGGUGGAUUUAACAUUAGUAUUACGCCUUCAUUCAGUGUUAGUCGUAGUGUACUUACAAGGCAUUUAGGUGUUGUUUACUGCAUAGCCAAUAUCCGUGGGGGUGGAGAGUAUGGUGAGGAAUGGCAUAAAGCAGGCUCCCUCUCUAAAAAGCAAAAUUGCUUUGAUGACUUCAUUUCUGCAGCUGAAUACCUUGUAUCUGCCGGUUAUACCCAACCCAGCAAGUUGUGUAUUGAAGGUGGAAGUAAUGGUGGACUGCUCGUUGGAGCUUGCAUAAAUCAGAGACCUGAUCUUUUUGGUUGUGCGCUGGCUCAUGUUGGUGUUAUGGAUAUGCUACGGUUCCACAAGUUUACCAUAGGUCAUGCCUGGACUUCUGAUUAUGGCUGCUCUGACAAGGAGGAAGAGUUCCGUUGGUUAAUUAAGUACUCGCCUUUACACAAUGUUAGGAGACCAUGGGAACAACAUGCAAGCCAACCUCACCAAUACCCAUCUACCAUGUUAUUGACUGCGGAUCAUGAUGACCGAGUUGUACCACUACACUCGUUGAAGUUAUUGGCGACCUUGCAAUAUGUUCUGAUCACAAGUUUGGAGAAUAGCCCACAGACAAAUCCGAUUAUUGGUCGCAUUGAAUGCAAGGCGGGGCAUGGAGCUGGACGUCCAACCCAGAAAAUGAUUGACGAAGCUGCUGACCGGUAUAGUUUCAUGGCUAAGGUGUUGGGUGCGUCAUGGAUAGAGUAGAUUUUAUCGAUGCUGGAGAAAAAACAUGAAAUGUACGCCUGAUGGUUUUAUAAACGGCCAAGAUUUUUGGAUGCCUCUUGUAUUCGACUGUCUGUAACCUUAUUUUUUGGGCCUCCUGUGUUUGCUUACUCUUUCUGUACUCUUCGGCCUUUUUUACAAUAAAAAAAAUAAACAAUUGAAAUGUACUUUUUAUGAA